UUUGGGUCCGCAGCCAGCGCAGAUACAUUUGUGGCUCCGCCGAGGUUUCAGUUAGAGUUUGAAUUUGAGCUUGAGUUUAAGUUUGUCCGCCGCGACUCCUCGAUCUGUGAUUUGUGAUCUAACGCAGCAGCAACAGCAACAGCAGCAGCAACAUCCAGUAAGCAACAUCCAGUAAGCAACAUCCAGCAGCAACAUGCAAUUCCUGCUUGUGGUGGCCACUUUGGCUUUCUGCGGCGCUGUCAGCGGACAACAGGGCGUGGACCCCGCCUACUUGCGCCAGUACUACCAGCAACUGCAGCACCAGCAGCAGCAGCAGCAGGCCCAGCCCCACGACGGCACGCCCAUUUACGAGCAGAACUCCGAGCAGACGCAGCAGUACGUGAACGCUGGCCAGCAGAUCAGGGUGAAGGAUACGGUGGCCGAGCAGAUCCGGGCUCAGCAGCAGCAGGGCUACGUGGCGCCAGCUGUCAGGGAUUAUCAGCAAUACCAAGCGCAGCCGCAGCAGUCCGCCUACCGCCCUCCUGCCCAAGCUGCCCCCCAACCCCCUCGCAGGAUCCAGCAGCCCUCGUACCAGGCUCCUUCCACCUCGAUCCUCGGCAAGGGACAGCACAAGUUGUCGCUGCAGCAGCAGCAGGAGGAGGAGGAAUACGAUGACCAAAACUCCUCGUACCAGUUCGGAUUCGACGUGAAGGACGACGAGUUCACCAACUACCAGAACCGCAAGGAGAUCCGCGACGGAUCGGUGAUCAAGGGCAGCUACUCGGUGGUGGACUCCGACGGCUUCAUCCGCACCGUCAAGUACACGGCCGACCCCAAGGAGGGAUUCAAGGCGGAGGUGAUCCGCGAGCCCACCGACAUCGUGGUGAAGAUCCCCACUCCGCCGCCGGUGACGCAGUUGCUCCGCGCCGGAGGCCACAAGGCGCAGCAGGAGUACAGCUCCGGUCCCAGCAAGCAGCAGUACCAGCACCAGCCACACCAGCACCAGCACCAGCAGCAGCCGCAGUACCACCAGUACCAGUAGGAGGCCACCGGACCACCGGAUCACCGGAUCGAAGGCUCCUCUCGAACCACUCUCGAAGUUCCGCAAGUCCAUGUAGUUUGUAAAUAUGCCGAGUCUCGAUUGGCACGAGAUUAUAACCUUAUUCUAUUUUAUGUAUGAUGAUGAUGUCAUUCGUUUAGGUUCGACUCUCUUAUUUAGAAUAUUAAAUUAAAAUUUUCGAAAAACUUUUAA